AUAAAAAUAAUUUAAAUAGUCAAGAUAGUGCAAAAUAUAAUGAACAUAAUACCAUACCAAAUGAGAAAAUACAAGAAAGUGGAUAUAUAAAUUACCAGAAGGAGAAUGAAAUGGAUAUACAAAAUCAAGUUAAUGGAAAUGAACAAAUACGUUUCAAUGUACCUCAAACAAAAGACCAAAGAGAAGAAUAUUAUUUAAUAGGUGGAGAAAACCAUGAUUCUACAAACCAAACAAAUAAAAUAAAAAUGGAAGGUGAUAUAAGUAGUAAUGUGGAACAUAAAAAGACGAAUUCAAAUUUUAAUGAUGUAAAAGAAAUACAAAAUGAAAGUAGAGAAAUACCCAUAAUGGAACAUAAUUUCAGUACAAAUAUGGAUAGUGUUGAUGAUAAUAAAGUAAAAGAGGAAAUGUCACAUAUAAAAAAUAUGGAAUAUGUAGUAGAUAGGUUUGAUAAAAUAGAUACAUCAUCCAAUGAACAAAAUAUAAUUGAUCAUAAUGGAAAAUAUUCUGUGAUUAAAGAAGAAAUAGAAGCAGACACAAAACAUGAAAAAGAAAAUGGAAACGAAAUGAACGAGGAAAUAAAAACAAAAAAGCAACAAGAAUUAGAAGAUCAAAGGAAAAAUGAAUUGACAGAAGGAAAUGAUAAAAAAAUUGAAGAAGAGAUAGAAAAACAAAAUGAAGAAGAAAAUAAGAAAGAAGUUGAAGAUGGAAAGAAUAAAGAAAUCGAAGAGAGAAGGAAUAAAGAAUUUGAAGAAGCAAACGAUAAAGAGGUUAAAGAAGGAAAUGAUAAAGAAAUGAACGAAGGAAAUGAUAAAGAAAUGAACGAAGGAGAUGACAAAGAAAUGACCGAAGGAAAUAACAAAAAAAUUGAAGAAAAAAUAGAAAAACAAAAUCAAGAAGAAAAUAAGAAAGAAGUUGAAGAUCGAAAUGACAAAAAAUUUGAAGAAGAAAUAGAAAAACAAAAUGAAGAAGGAUAUGAUAAAGAAAUUA